AGACAGAAUGCAUGCGAUUGUUGCAGACAUAAGUAAUGGAAGAAUAAAACCAUUACCAAGUCGAACUACUAUUGAGGAGAUGUGGUCAGACCAUAUUAUAUCAACGACAAUGAAGGGGGAAUCAGAGCAAAAUUUUCAUUCCUAUUGCCACGAUAUUUGUACGUUCAUCAAGAACAAAUCUGAUAGUAUCCUGAAUGUCUGGCCGGCAUAUACCACAGAUGAAGCAAACGAAAUGUGCUUUAUAGUUCAAACUAAAGAAAAACUACCAGAACUCAGCGAUGUCGAUUACCCUGUGUAUGUCAGGCCUGUAAGUCAGUAUAGCAACGAGAACAAAAUAGCAAUGCAAAGGAAAGAAGCUAGAGACAAUAUGCUGGAGUUCAAGGAUGUAAAGCACAUACAAGAAGUAAUAAAUAGGCAUACAUCCGAAUUGUUAAAAUGCCACUCUCAACUCUCAGUAAUCUCUGGCAGUGGAUUUCGUUCCAAAGGCUACGAUGAACAUGACAACAGCAACCACCAAAUCAUACCUGGAAAAACUGUUGUAAUGUACGUGAAAAUAAAGGGUAAAGUGCCACUGCUUGAGAAGUUGCUUCCAACGGAAUUAGAUGGAAUACCUGUGGAUGUAAGAGAAGGAGGAUUUGAGAGUGCAAGUUUAAACGCGACCGAUAACCUUCCAAAUUUACGCAUGGGAUGCCAAAUUGCUUCCACUCUUGGUGCAGGAACUCUUGGCGGUUUUAUACAUCAUUCAAAGUACGGCCUGUGUGCGACAACAUGUGCACACGUUGUACUCUCCAAUGCUGAAUUAAAAAGCUCAGUCACGAAAAAUUACGGAAAAAGGACAUGGGAAGACGAUGAAAAGAUCAUUUGUCAACCAGCAAAUGGCGAUAAAGUUGGCAGAGUGACAGAGACCUUCUUCAAAGCUAGUGAGGAAGGCAGUUACGGGAUCGAUCUAGCAAUUUUUCAAAUUGAAGAUAGACCUCCAAACUCUGGAAAAUUCCCUACAAUUAAGGGUGUCGACGUAGAUAUGAUCUAUGAAUCUGGUAAGAUGUGUGAACAAUCACCGUUUCUUCACGGGAGAAAAGUACGAAAAUUUGGAUCUGCUACCGAGUUUACUGAGGGUGUUGUGUACUUUCCUAGAGCUGUUUGUAGGUCCGAUCAUGUAGAAAUAGAUCAGACUCAGUUUUUCAUGAACGUGAUAGAUAUUUGCUCAUUGAACGGAGGUAACUUUUGUUUGCCCGGUGAUUCAGGGGCACUUGUAUUUCAGACAGGAGUUGGCCGCGAUUUGGUUUGUAUUGGUAUGGUAAUCGGGGUACUAAACGGAAAUGGAAUGGUUAUACCUAUCUCAGAAGUGAAGGAAAGGUUGGGAGUAUCAGAAUUUGAACCCUUUAGAUUGAGUGGUAUAAAAGAAAGCAUUGAUCUUCUUAAUAGUUCACGCAGAUGAAAAGCAAAUUAAGCUUGACAAAUGACUUGCUGAAAGGGUUUGCUUUCUUUAAGAUCAAUUAGAUUGUUUCCGUCGUAUACCCUUUGGUUAAAGGUUUCUACAAAGAUAUUUUAUUAAUGUGCCUGUAUGUGUAAGUGUUUUGACAGCAUGUACGCAGUUUUCUCAUGAAUGAACAAAGAAAAUCUACUCAAUAAACAUGAGGAAAGAUUGGGUUUGAAGCUACUCACCCAUAGUUUUGGUAAAAUUUUUCAACAUAUUUAUUUCUACUAAGUUUGGCUUAAAAUGCAUAUAUGACAUUGAAAAAUGAUAAAUUGAGUAAAAAUUUAAAGUUAGAUAUUGGUAGAAAUGCAAGAAAAAAAUUUCUGCACUAUUUAGAAAGCAUUACAACGAUUAUAAUAUAAAAUCUACCUUCUGCACAAUAUGUGUGAUUAUUUAAAAGAAUAUCUUGCAAAAAUGUUAUGUCAAGAAGUUUGUAUCACCAGUCACUUUCAGAGUACGCACUUCUUAUUGAUUUUUUUUGAGAAAUUAUUUUUUCGCAUAAAUGAGUUGCAAACUGGUUGUUUUUAAGCUGUUGUAGAGUUUACUUACAUUGAACUUUAGCCUAACAUAUUCUUUUAUAUUCUGCGUCCUUCAAAUAUGUCUUGAUAGUGUGAAUACAAAGUAGUAGAGUGGCACUGUUACAUUUGUUUAUAUUUGUACAUAUUUUUAUAAAGUUAUAGACACGAUAUAGCAACAGAACAGCACUCACUGCAAUCAGAAUAAUAGUACCAAAUUAAGUAGUACAUAUCACAAACAUUGUGAGAAGUGGUAUCUGUAUGUAUAUUUUUGCGAAGUGGCUUGAAAGCCAUUAACAUUUAUAUUGAAACCUUAGUGAACGAUAAACAAAAUUUGUUUUUGUACUUAUACGCAAGUAUUUCUGCCUUAUAACUAGAUCAGCUUUGACUGCACAAGCCGAUUUGGUUUUCAGGAUUUACCUAGGUUUUGAAAGACAGACUUCAGACUAUUAAUAUAUAUAGAUGAGAUUGUACAUAUUAUCAUAAUUUCAAUAGCACGGCUUUAAUGGAUACCUGUAGGAAAAGUGUUCAUCACAUAGUUUUAAGGUAUGCGUUUUGGAUAUUAAAAACAAAUACUGCCACAAACUACAUAGUGAAACACAUUAUCCUAAGAAAAUAUGUAGUUUUUUACAAGACUUAGGGCUUCUCCUUGUCCUUUUUCAGAUUAUUUGUCAAAGAUUUCUUUAAGUGAAGCCGGAUGUAUUUUUUUUUAGUUUUGUUUCUAAAGAUUAUUAAUGCGGUAAAAUUCAUUUACAAACCUAGGAUGUACUUGACGAAAAGAUUUUCCUCAUACCACCGUUAAAGAUUUAAGGACAACUGUAAAACGGCUUUGAAUACUAAAUAGCUUAAAACUAUUUACGACUGAAUAAGUAUUUUUCUGUUUAUGUCAUAGUUUAGACUUUCUAUUACAGUGUUUCUGUUUAAGAAAUAAUACAUUUCAUUUAGUGAUUUGUCGCUGAAUAAAUCAUUGUUUGGAGUUCAGAUGCGAAGGUAUUAUUUCACGAGGGCGCAGCCUGAGUGAUAUAAUAAUACGCAUUUGAACGGCAAACAAUGAUUUCAUUCAAGAGCACUAAAUUUCGCCGCUAUGCCGCUUUAUGCAAUGACGUAAUACGUGUGACGUCAGAACAGUGAAUUGCUGAAUAAUAAUUCACAGUUUCCAGCUUUUUUUGUUUAAUAGGAAAAUGAAUCUGAUCGUGUUAGAAUGUAGGGCUUGAUUGUUAUAUUUUUUUUAAGUGUUCAAGUCAAAAGGAUAGCCCUUCAGUUAAUACAGUGAAACUAUGAGGUUCAGCUAUAGAUCGGUGAUAUGAAUUAAUGUUAUACAGAAUAUUCGUUUGUAUUUUUGGCUCAUUGUUAUCCUGCCUUUUUAGGAUGUGCCUUAAAUAUCAAGGCCAUCAAUAUUUUACUUUUGUUUUACUAUCCUUGCUGUUGAUGUGCAUAACAUAGUUUAGAACUUGAGUUUGUACAUUACAUAAUUUAUGCAUCAAGACCGUAUAGUCAUUUUUAUAAUACAUUACUUUUGUGAUAAAACUAUAUAUGUGUUUAUACAUCCAUCAUUGUUAGGUGGUAGUUCUUACGUUUGCUAGUACUAGUAUAUGUGUACAGAUGUUUUAUAUUAGAUGUAAAUAAUGAUGUAGAGCAGACUACUACUAUGUAAAAAGUAUAUAUUUUGUUAAGGAAACGCUGUUAUUUGUUGAUUUUGUCUAGUUGCAUAUCAGUCUUUAACAGACCUAGCGAAAUUACUUUAAGUUCUUUUUGUGUAAUGUUACGAUGCAUUAUAAACAUGUGUACGGGAACUCUGCGAUGUAAAUUCCCUGAAAAGGAGCCGUUCUGACGAUUUCAUGAGCAAACAUUUAAUAUGUGCACGCAUGAAUGAACUUGCGUUUUUUAUUACAUUUAUUCCUACCUUUAAAACUUGUUAAUUUAACAUUUUUAAUACAAACUCUGAUCUUGUGCGUAACUGCAUUACUUGUUUCUUCUAUUGAUAUAUUUUUUCAUGUUUCUUUUGCAUAUAAUAGCUUGCAUACUUAUCGUUUUCAUAUUUUGUCCAUUGUUUCUUUGUUUUAUGAAAAGGUAGCAACGUUGUGCGUCUCAGAAAUAUUUACAAAUGUAACCUUCUUUAAUUAUAUCAAAGAACUAUAUCUCCAGAAAUAUUUGUUGAUUACAUUUAUUUGGUAGUAGGAAAUCAAAAGGGACGGUCCUUUCCGGGGCCAGGAAGUGUACUUCCAAAUAUCAGUUUAAAUAGUUGCUUCCUUCAAAUGACGUAAGGCUGGAACACAAUUUAUUUGAUGUUUAAGUGGUGAAAAAAUAACAAUGAACAAUAAAGACUGUGUUUGGUUCUUCCGAAAUCAUAUUUGCUUGCAUUUUGAAGUUUUGACAAUAUUUGAAAUACAUCAGAACGAGUUCUCUGCGAUCAAGCUUGUCAGUUCAGCUUUGACUUUAAACAUUUACUCAGUCCAGUUGACACUGUUUAACAUUUCAAACUUUGGACUUAAUUGCCUCUUUUAAAGUAUGAAAUUAUUGGAGUGAAAACAUUUUUUUUUUGGAAAUUGUAACCGACAAAAGAAUUAUUUGUUAUCGAAAUCUAUAGUUGAUAAGAGUGAAACGUUGCCCUGGACUUUUACAGGCAGAACUGAUAGAAUAUUAUGACAACGGUUGCUUUUGUCGGAAUCGGGAUGUAUCCUGAUAAACAUACAGAAUUUAUUUCCUAUUGUGAUCUGAAUAUUUUUUUUACGUUUACCCGGUAAUUAGUGUUUCUUUCUACCUGAUUACAGUAAACAGAACUUAAUAUGUAUUGAAUGGAUAAAACAAGUAGUAAGCACACUUCUUAAUCUGAAUGUCGAACCGUCUUAUAUUCAUGAGUGACCCGAGUGUAUAUACAUUGCAAUAUUGACGUCACGUCACAUAUAAUUCGGAACAUUCAGCAGGCACAGGAAAAGUGUGUUUCCAUAUUUGGUCUAUUGAUUUAUAUAAAAGAUAUUGUAGAAUCAAAUUUAUAGAACAGAACGGUAUUAACUCAUUAUUGGCACAUUCUAAAGCAAUUAUUAGCCGCGCAUUAGACUUCUACGUACUCCUUAAUUCUACGGCACAUGAAAAACCCUUUCGUGUUUCAGUAUUGGUAAAAACGGAUCACGUUGACGUCACGUUGAUCUACUAUUUGGAGCCAUAAAUUCAUCAAAACACCGCUGUCCUAUUUAAUGCACAUUUACAAAAACUAUUCUACAAUUGAAACAAUAUAUAGAGUCCCCAAAUUACAUACGAUUAAACACUCCGAUUCGGUUAUCCACUGCAUAGAAUAGUUAUUCUGUAUGCACAUAACCUCUUCGCCGUGCUUGAACAUAUUAAAACACGCAAACCUCUAUAUAUUAUGUCUAAUAGUCAGUUGCUAAGUGUCGUUGCAUGGCAAUACAAGCUUUCUGUUGCAAAUAUAAACUAUGGUGCAAUACCAACAUUCGAAUAAAAAAGGAAGAACUAAUUAACAAAGCCAUUUCUUUUCGAUUUUCGCGACAUGUUUUGGUAAUCAUCUACAGUCUUCACAGAAAUAUUUAAUAUAAAUGCUUAGUAAUAAGAGACGUCAAUUUUAAUCAUUUUCUGCAUCACGUAAUCUCCGAAGCUUUAACAAACAUUGCACGAACAUGCAUCUUCUGUUAUUAUUUUAAUGUACAGUAUUCUGUUUCAUUCUGUUAGUUCGAUAUACAGGAAAACGCAGCCUUCUCAAAUCAGUGUAUGUAUUACGUCGUAAUUGUUUUUGCGUCUACACGAUACUUAUAUUCCAAAUAAAACAAACAGAUAACAAAGAAUGAACGUACAAAUGAAGGAAUUCAGUUUGUUACCAAAUGGUAAACAACAGAAAAUUUAAACCAGUCUUUGUUUAAUAACCCUUAUUUCCCUUCAAGCUUUAAGUUACAAAACAUUGUUAAAAUGUGGAUUCUAGCGAAAUAGUAAGAAAAGGGAAAAUCUUUGUAUGUGUAAAUAUAUACAGUCACCAAGGAUACACUCAUGUUUUCAAUGCUUUUAUAGUCAGCGUAAAAACUGCCAACUUCCCCACAUAAAAAUAUUUUUAUAAAAAUGGUAAAUUCAUUUCUGAGAUCGUACCUUAUAGAUAUAGCCUCCAUGUACCAUCUCUCGACCCAGUUUUACACUAUUUUGUGGUAAUUAAAUAGGUUAAAAAAUAAUCAAAUAUAAGAUAUCGACAUUGAUUGCUAGACUGACCUUUUUCAAAGCUCUGUAUUCUAUUUUGGGAUGUUCACUUCUA